CUUGGCAUGUUCAGUCCCCUCAGCGCUGUCCUGCAGGCAAGACGAGCUUCGACCCUCGUCUCCACUCCCAUAAAUUCUCUUUGCCUUCCGGCGUCUGUCACAAGCUCCCUCUUUCCUUCCGCGGUUCUGGCCAAGCACCCUCUCCAAUUAACCUAUCAGACUUUAGAAUAUUUUUCCUUCUUCAAGUUUCAAAGCCAUAUACAGAAUUACAUCUAAAGUGGCAGUGACGUGAAAGUUAUAAGGAAACUGUUGUCUCGCUGCGUGAGACAAGGGACGGAAGACAAAGGCGUGUCUCCUCCAGGCGGGAUGCACCCAAGCGGCCACCCGCGACUCGUGGGUGUGGUGGCGGUGGUGAUCCUGUGUGCUGGGUCGCCGCUGACCUCCGCCCUGCAGCCGUUCGACUACGUGUCCACGGAGCUGGACGACCCCUUGCAGCCCGUGUGGGACAGAUUGGACGACUUGCCGCGCUUGGUAAGUGACACCGUCCAGAGUGGCCUCCGAUCGCAGUUCUCGCUGUUCGCGAUGCAGAACAACAGGAAGCUUGACACGAAGCUGCAGCAGGCCGUGAAUAACAGCCUGAUUGCUGCCACCUCAGCCCUCAACACCAGCCUCGUUCAAGCGUUCCAAGAAUCUAUAGGGCAAGAAAUCUCGGAGAUGGUGAGGAAGAUUGAAGGUCACAUUGACAAUAAGGUGGGCGGACUGGAAACGAGUUUGAAGGCAUAUAUCGACGAGAAGCUCUCUAACGCUGCAGCCCCCGGGGCGGGCGGCGGUGGCGGAAACACAGGCUUGCAGAGCGGCGCCUCCCUGUCUGAAACACUGCAGGCCAACACCGCAACCCUAGAAAACAUCAACACCCACGUGCUUAAGAUCAACGAAAAGAUUGGCGGCGGCUCGGAGAGUGAGGACUCGUGCGUCACACUGGUGGACAAGGUGUCGGAACUGAUGGCCGCUUCAGCAGAUGGGGGCGGAGGGGUCUGCAGCGGCCUGGACCGGCAGACGGUCACGGCCCUCACUCAGCUCACCCAGGCCUCCACCUUCCUGCCGCGGGACUGCUCCGACAAACACUGGCAACAGCCCGAGGACCCCAGCGGCGUGUACCAGACCUUCCCGACAAUGGACCCCAAGGCUCCGGUCAACACCUACUGCGACAUGGGACAGCCCGGCGCCAAGGAAACAGGAGGGUGGACGGUCAUCCUGAGGCGGCGCAACUCCACCUGGGGUUUGGUUAAUUUCAACAGAACCUGGGAUGAGUACCGCGAUGGCUUCGGGAACCCGGGGGAGAGUGAGUGGUGGUUCGGUUUGGCGCCGCUGCACGCCCUCACCUACCGCCAGCCCUACGAGGUGGAUCUCCUACUCCACGACAUCGAGCGGGGUACCUUCCGUGCCAACUACAACUCCUUCAGGGUUGAGGACGAGGCACAUAAUUUCACACUUAACCUGAACGGCUUCGCGGGAAAUCUGUCCCACGACGCUCUCAUCGCUAAGCACCACGGCUCGUCCUUCUCCACGUGGGACAGGGACAACGAUGUGUGGCAUAGCGGGAGUUGUGCCCAGGUCAACGGUGGCGGCUGGUGGUUCAACGCUUGCCACUACACCACACUCACGGCACCCUUCCCGACCUCCAAUAACCGUUCCGCCCGAACCAUCCGCUGGCUUGAGAACGACGAUUGGCUGGUGCUGGAUGACGUCACCAUGAAGAUACGGCCUAUCAACUACGAUCAGAGGUUCAAUGCACAUCACUUGGGGUGAAGACUGUGUUUGUAGCUUGUUCAUAGCGUGUGUGAGGUAGCGUUACCAGAUUGUCGAUCAGUUUCAGACCCAAAACUACCGUAAACUCACACAUAAAAUGAUAUUCAAUUUAGUUUAUUGUUAAAACCGUUGAUAAUAUAUUACCUAUUUUGGCAAUAGCUAUGGGACCAGAAAAUACAAUGUAGUUAGCACGAUAAUCUGGUGACGAUGGUGUGAGGAUGGUCGGUCUGGCCCAGUCAGUGCGCUUAACGAGAAAUGAUAUUGCUCUCUUUAAAAACUUAAGAUACGGUCUCCUUGACGCACCGCCUCCCCAGUAACCCCGAGACGUCAAGUGCUCGGCACGUGGCUUGUUUAUGGGGUUUGAAAGUCCUAGUCUGUCCUUAUGUUUGUCUGUUCGUCUGUCUAUAUCUGUAUAUCCUGUUCCUUUUCAGUAAGAGGAAGUGAGGGAGGUUCUUCGCGUGGCUAACCAUUGUUACUGGAUUGGUUGUUUAUUGUCUCAAAAAAGAUAUGACAAAUGAAAAAGGAGAUGCGUGACAUUCCAUACCCCCUACCAGAAGUUAUAUAGCUGUGGUUUUGAGAGGGUUGGUAUACUUUUAGGUAUGCAUUCAAAUAUUCCUUGAGUGUGACGAGACGGAUUGCUGUAUGUUUUAGUUUUUCGAAAUUCUAUUGAUUUUCAGAACAUUUAUUCGACUGCUUCGGGAAAUAGAUUUUGAACAUCGGACGUGGGAAAAUGUAGUAUUGUUUACCUCACGGCUCACACGAGUUCAGUGUGUGUGUGUGUGUGUGUGUGUGUGUGUGGAGGCACUGAAGGACAAGGAGGGCACAGUGGGGCCCCACACUCCCUCGUCUGGCACUCCUGACACGACGCACAUGGCCCAGGAUAGCCCUUCCCCUCUCAUACCCACUCUGUGCCUCUCUUUUACUCUCACUCCAAAUACGUUUCUGCUCGCCUUCUCGCCCUCCCCCCCCCCCUCUCUCUCUCUCUCUCUCUCUCUCUCUCUCUCUCUCUCUCUCUCUCUCUCUUCCUUGCGCAACAAAUCCUACGAAGAAAGGCUUUCUACCCUUAACAUGUUCUCUCUUGAGAAACGUCGCCUCCGAGGAAAACUGAUCGAAUGUUUUAAAAUACUUAAUGGUUUCACGAAUGUAGACAGAUCAACAUUGUUUAUGAUCGAUGACACUUUGCGCACGAGGAACAAUGGCGUAAAACUCAGAUGUAGACAAGUAAAUUCAGACUGCACCAAAUUUUUCUUCACCAACGUUGUAGUGCGAGAAUGGAAUAAGCUCCCAUCAUCAGUGGUCCAGUGUAACACGAUUGACUCCUUCAAAAAUAAGCUCGACCGUCACUUCCUUCAACUUAAUAUCAACUAGAGUAGAAAUGCAACGUUUUGGAGUCUUCUGAUUAAUGUAAAAUCACUUAGGUUUAAGGACAGACCACCAAGUCUGGACCAUGGGGUCUGUGUGGUCUGAUUUUCUAUGUAAAUCUCUCUCUCUCUCUCUCUCUCUCUCUCUCUCUCUCUCUCUCUCUCUCUCUCUCUCUCUCUCUAAAUUAGGUGUUCAGCGUAGAGCAAUCAAUUAAGAUGAUUCCUUCAUUACGAAACAAACCCUACGAGGAAAGGCUGUCACAUCUAAACCUGAUUUCUCUUGAAAAACGCCGCCUAAGAGGAAAACUGAUCGAGUGCUUUAAACUACUUAACGGUUUUACCAUCAUGGAUCCGACCAAGUUGUUUGUGAUGGAUGAUUCGACGCGAACGAGAAAUAAUGGCGCUAAACUUAAAUGUAGACAAAUUCAUUCAGAUUGCACAAAAUUCUUCUUCACUAAUUAAUGCUGUCGUUCGAGAUUGUAACAGGUUACCACCAUCAGUGGCACAGUGUAACUCGAUUGCAUCGUUUAAGAAUAAUCUUGACCGCUAUCUUCUCCAUCUCAAUGUUCACUAGGUCAGUUUCAACGUCAUGGUGGCCGCAUAACAACUGUCACUUAGGUUUAGGACAGGCCACCUAGUUUCGGCCUUAGAGGCUGUGUGGUCUGGUUAUCUAUGUAAAUCUAUGUAAUUCCUCUCUCUCUCUCUCUCUCUCUCUCUCUCUCUCUCUCUCUCUCUCUCUCUCUCUCUCUUCAGUAUUUUUCAGGAGUGCAGCAAUGGCUAAUAUAUCUUGACUAUUAUUGACAAAAUGUAUAAAGACAAGUUAUUUAUGAUCUUUCUCACUUACGGAAAAAAGCAAAUAUAUUAAUUUACUACAAUAAAAUGUUUAGUGAUCUAUA